ACCAAAGUUUCUCUCUCACUCACUCUCGCUGACUCCCUCACACACACACAUGCACACACACGCGCGCGCGCAAACACACACACUCACAUACGCACACACGUACAUCCUCUCUUUCUCAGAAUGAGAAGUCUCAGUACGGCUUUUGGUAUCAUAUUCUUUUUACUUCGCUCGGCUUCUGGAGAAAGUGGGUCUUCGCCGGAUGAUGGCUUUGAAGAUGAGGAACUGGAGAACUACGAUUUCUCAUGCUUUAGUCAGUUGCAGGUCGAUGGCUCAAAACACACCUUAACGUGCUCCUUUGAAGACUCGACUCUCGACCAAGCUAACCUGAAGAUUGAAUUAUGUGGUAAAUUUCUGAAUGAAAACUCCUGCCAGCCCUUGGAGAAGCCAGGAGGAGUCUAUUUUUUAAAAACGAAUGCAAUUUCCUUAAUUGGAUCUUGUACACUGUGUGCGAUCCUGGAGAAAAAAAGGAAAAACUGCAAGGUGAUGACUAUAACCAAAAUAGUUAAGCCUGAAGCCCCUUUUGGCAUAAAUGUCACCCAUCGUAAAAGGGCGAAUGACUUUCUAAUGACCUUUAACACAACGCAUGCGUGGAAGGAUUACGCCAAAGAUUUAGUGCAUGAUGUAGCCUAUCGUCAAAAGAAAAGUGACUGGAUGCACAUCAACUCAACCCUGACCCAAAUAAUAUUCCUGGAGCGAAAGCUACAACCGGGUGCGGCAUACGAGGUCAAGGUGCGCUCGAUCCCAGAUGGAAACUACUUCAAAGGCACGUGGAGCGAGUGGAGCGCGAGUGCAUUCUUCGAGACCCCACCAAAGCCCACGGAAGGAGUAGAUCCAGUUUUGCUAUCCAUUGUUCUUCUGACUUUCUCUUUUGUGGCCGUGUUGGUCAUUCUCAUCUGUGUAUUUUGGAAAAACAGAAUUAAGCCUGUGUUAUGGCCCAAUCUCCCUGACCACAAGAAGACUUUGGAGCAUCUGUGUAAGAGACCAAAAAUGGGCUUAAACAUAAGCUUUAAUCCCGAAAGUCUCAAAGUGGACCAGAUUCAUAAGGUGGAUGAUAUUCAGGCCAAAGAGGAAGUGCAGAAUUUCCUGCAGGCUCCUCCUCCACCCGGCGAAGUCGACGACCUAUCCGAAAAACUCUUGCUGAGGGGAGGCUUGCAAGGCCCCGACUGGCCCUCUGAGAACAACCAGAUCCCCCCCGUGACCUUUGGGGGAAACUCACCCACCGGCAGCCUGAACCGGAACUUCAAGAAGGGUGAUCUCUCUCUGGACCCCACCCUGAAAUUCCCUAGCCAGCUGGAGGGCAGCAAAAAAGAUGGACACCUGUAUAGUGGCCUGCUGAUCCAGGCCAGCCCCGCCGGGGGCAACUUGGGCUUUCCUUUCCCCCUCAAAUCGGGCCUCCUCAAGUCCAGCGCUGCUCCCCAGGGCCAGCCCAGCAGUGCCGCUUCAGUGUUAAGCCAUGAAUAUGUCACCAUGUCAAGCUUCUAUCAGAAUCAGUAAGCCUCCAGUCCUCCAGGACAAGGGAAGUUUCAGGACUGGUGAAUCUGGAUGGCCUUGGAACCUAGAAGUUAAGGCCGGACGCCCUGCCUCAAAUCUGGGGCCAGCCCGAGAAUGAAAGGGGAGAGGGUUCCCCAACUGCACUUACUCCAUGUAUACAGAAGCACAGAGUCCCUUCUUGCUCCUCUUGAUGACCUAAAUCACUCUCUCCCUUACACGACGUGAGAGGGCUCACCUUUGUUGCAUUAAUUCAUAUAUCGCCCCAAUCAACAAACUUCACAAACUAAUCUUCAUGCAGUGAAAAGAACAAAAGAGAAUUUUUUUAAAAAAAAAGGCAAGACCAAACCAGCUUAUCACUGAACUAGACGAGCCCCUCUAAAUUCAGUCGAAUGAAUACAUAUUUGAAGGGCCCUAGGGUUCCUGCACUGGAUAAGGGCACUGUACCAACUAAUAAUGAUCCGAUCAAAAUGAGGGAUGGUCCACAAUCGGUCAGUGAAUCAAUCAGUUGAAUGUCAGUCUGAGCCAGCCCAGGUUUGAAGCUGCAGGCGCUAUGCACGCUGCCUAGGCUCAAGACAGAAAUAAAACUUCAGUUGGCAUAACAUUCUGCCACUCCCCUCUGGAGGCUCAAGAUCCUGGUCUGCACAUGCCCAGAUGGACAUCAUUGGAUCCCAGUUGUCUCCCGUUGACCAAGGUACUGUGGCAGCACACAAUUUCCCUAUUGGAGUGGAUAUUUAUCAGCACCAAGGACACACAGGGAGUGACUUAAAUCUGCUUUUGAAGAAACAAUUCUCAUCUGCAGCUAUGAGUCCUGAAGAUAAAAAAGGGAACAAACCCAGCUCCUUUCAUUGUUCCAUAACUGUGCCCAACUGGGACUUAAUCCAUUGCGGAAAUUAAAGACUUUUAGAAUUGAGUGAGAAAAGGAAGUCCCAGGGUGCAGGGCUUGGAAGAAAUACUUUUGCACAAUGUCUCAGAGCCUAUUCAUCAAAACCACUAAAGUCAAAUCACCUAAAAUUUACAUACCUUGAGAUGGCCAACAUCCAAAUCAGCCCAAAUCAAAAUCAAUUGUCAGUGAAGAAUCAUGGAAGACAAAGUACAAAGGUAUAUUUAAUGUUUUUUAGGUUUUCCCUGAACCCAAGAACCUUGAACAAUUGGACUGCUUGUUAUUUUUUUUUUAGAAGGUUUGAUUUUAGUUGCGUGGUUUCUGAUGAUUUAUCACACGGAUAUAGUUGUGAUGGACUCUCUCUCCAACAACAACAGACUUCAGAACCGGGCUGCCGUCGGAUUUAUGACACAACUGACUCCUGAAAAUUGCCUCGGGAAAUUGUCAUGUUGCAUAUGGGUAUCAAUUUUCCCAUAGGAAUAAUGUUAUGAAUGGAG